GAGAACAAAUCGGUUUUGUGGAGGAGAUAGUGAUUAUCACGGUGGUGAUUUAGGAGAGGCAUGGUUCUCGAUUUUGGUAAUGGUGGCGGAAGAUCUCUGCUUCAGGAUUUGCUGGUGGUGGUGUCUUUGGGUUGUGGUUCUUCUGCAGCGGAUGAUAGGUUGUGGCUCUGUCGGGUUUUGGCUGCCGGUGGUUGCGAGCUGUUGUUGGUAGGCUUUGUUGGUGUUGCCUAUGGAAUAGUUUGGGUCAUGGUUUUGCUCUCUGUUUUCUCAUGAAAGCUCCGGGGAUUGGUCGUGUUGGCUAGGUUUUGGAUAGCUUUCGUUUUAUCCCAUCUUGGUUCGUUGAAUCUUUUACUU